AUGGAUGAGCUGGCCGUUAAAGCAUACGGAUGCCCUCUAUCACUCGAAUGCCGACCAAAAACUGUGUAUGACGUCACACGGAUCAGCAACGACAGCGGUCUGUUUGACGCCCUCAAUGGCACCAGCUCCACGGAUUUCGUCUUCCCUGUUGUGGCUAAACAAGGCAUCCAGAAAGUCUACAACAAGCUUUUCAUUGGAUUGCUUGAGCACCCUGGUUCGAUGUUGUUGGUGAUUCCUGGACAGCAAGAUCCGGUACAAACCUGCCUGGAAACCAUCUUAAGCUCCUGGCCCUUGCUUGCUCUGUCGAUCAUCUGCACUUCAAUGGCCGGCAUGGCCAUGUGGGUCUUUGAGAGCCUCGGCAACUCUGAAGAGUUUCCUCGGGAUUUUGCCAAAGGAUGGUGGGAAGGAUUUUGGUGGGCAUUCAUCUCUAUGACAACCGUUGGGGACUAUGCAAUAUUUCGAAAAGACAGACAAGAUAUUAAUCCUGGAGGUGGAGUUUUCAUCGCUGUUUACAACACAAUUAUUGCUACUCGUCAAACCCAACUGGAUUGCCAAGCUGAGGCAAUAUGGAUUAAAAUCGAAAUAGCUAACCAGAAGCCUUUAUAUCUUGCUUCAUUAUAUCGUCCACCGGGAAAUGAUGAAAAACCACUUGAAGCCUUCAAACAGUCAUUGAACAGAUUGCAAUCAAAUGGAUCCUUCCCCAGAAUUAUUAUUGCUGGUGAUAUGAAUGUGCCUGACAUCGAAUGGAGUAAUGCUUCAGUUAAAGAUAAUCCACAAUAUGGAGUAGCAGUAAACAAGACAAUGAUCGAUCUUGUAGAUGAUCACAGCCUUUCCCAACUUGUAACUUUUCCAACAAGACAAGAAUCAGUGCUUGAUUUGGUAUUAACUAGCCAUCCAGAUCUUGUACAUAGCCUGUCAAGUGUUCAGGGUAUCAGUGAUCACUCAGCUGUGUCGUUUGACUUAAAUUUAUCCGUAAAAGUCAACAAAAAGAAGCCACGUAUAGUCUAUAAGUUUGCUAAGGCUAAUUUUACCGAUAUACGCAAGGAUGCAACAAUCCUUAGUAAUGAUUUCUUUGAAAGACAUCCAGAGAAUAUAAAUGUUGAAAGUAACUGGCAAUUUUUCAAGUCAGGCUUAAUGAACAUUCUAAGUAGAAGUGUACCAACCAAGAAGAGUGGGUCAUGGAAUAACUCUCCCUGGAUGACGAGAGAUCUAAAGACAUCCCUGAGGAAGAAGAAAAGAUUAUAUAAUAACUAUAAGAAAUCAGGGAAAGCUUGUGAUAAAGAGAAAUAUCGCAAAUUCCAAAAACUGUUUAAAAUUAAAAUGAAGAAGGCCCAGGACGAGUAUAUAGCAGACACCCUCAAUUCUGACUUGAAAGAGAAACCAAAGAAAUUCUGGUCGUAUAUUAAAUCGAAAAGACAAGAUCAAGUUGGAGUUCCUCCAUUGAAGGAACAUGGUAUAGUAAAGACGGACAGUAUGAGCAAGGCAGAAAUCCUAAGUAACCAGUUCCAACAGGUAUUUACUCAAGAGGAUGUAGCGUCUAUAUCAAGCAAAGGACACGGUGAAAUCCCGAUGAUGGGUUCAAUAUCAUUUAAUAGAGAUGGCGUGGAAAAGCUACUUAAGACCUUAAAUAGCAAAAAAGCAAGCGGUCCUGAUAAGAUACCAACUACAUUACUCAAGGAAACUGCAUCAGAAAUAGCAGAUGUCGUGACAUUCCUUUUUAAUCAAUCAUAUAGUUCUGGCCAAUUACCUGAAGACUGGACUAAGGCACAAGUGGUUCCAAUAUUCAAGAAAGGAGUGAAGCACGACCCAUGUAAUUAUAGACCGGUGUCUUUAACUACAGUAUUAUGCAAACUUAUGGAACAUGUCAUCUACAAGAACAUAAUGGAGCAUCUUGAGAAUAAUAAUAUCCUAUUUGCAAAUCAACACGGGUUUCGCAAAAACCAUUCAUGCGAAACCCAGCUUCUAUUAACAGUUGAAGACCUGGCACGAAAUACGGAUAACGGUGGUCAAAUAGACAUGCUGAUACUUGACUUCAGUAAGGCCUUUGACAAGGUCGCACAUGGUCGCUUGAUCAGUAAAUUACUGUAUUAUGGUAUUCAAGGUAGAACACUUGCAUGGAUUAAGUCAUGGCUCACCAAUAGAACACAAAGAGUCGUAGUGGACGGUGUUUCAUCAAAACCAGUAGACGUAACAUCAGGAGUGCCGCAAGGCACUGUACUUGGUCCAUUGAUGUUCCUCCUGUUUAUUAAUGACAUGCAGGAGAACUUGGAAUGCACUUUAAGGCUAUUUGCUGAUGAUGCCCUGCUGUACUACCAAAUUACACAUGACGAUGAUACCCUAGUCUUGCAGAGGGACUUGGACAGAACAGGAUCAAGUGGACAAGAUCGAAGCAGUCCAGCGACGUGCGGUGAGAUUCAUAAAGCGGGAUUACGACUGGAACUCUAG